GCUGGGCGGGAGAGGUGACGGCGGCGCUGUCUCGCGCACAGAGUGAACUUCACGGCGGCGUCAACGGGUGUGGCUUCAAACUAAUAAAUCUGUACGCGGGGAAAGAAUGCGCGAGGGCUGUUAGGAUUAAGUUUAAACAAUUUAUUAUACAUGUAGAUUAAAAAAACAAAAGUGAAAAGGAGUGAGGGUGAGUCCGCUGCGGUGACCGUCAGCGUGGGAUGUGUGCGCUCGUUUUUCAACAGCUGGAAUACUUUUUUUGUUUGUUUUUAGCUGAACUUUGUCUUUUUUAAUCUGCUUUGAUGAGCCGCUGUGAGGACUAGUUGAGCUGUGCUUUUCUUUCCCCUGAAAGCUGACCAAGUGAAAGAGCCACUAGGGGAGUUUUUUUGUUGUUGGUGGAUUUAAAAAAAAAAAAAAACACGUCGUUGAAGGAAAUUACUUGUUUUCGCAUAAAUCUUCGUCGCAGCUCACCAAAAAAAAAGGAAGUCGUCUUGCUCAACUUCAGCUCCUGCUGUUGAACCAGAAGGGGGAUUUCAGAGUCCGUCGUCAUAUUUUAUUUUCUCCUGGUACUUUUGCCACUAAAGCUGCAGACCUGAAGCGAGCACUGGGAACCAUGGGCUGCACAGUUAGUCAGGAGGACAAAGCUGCGGCCGAGAGGUCCAAAAUGAUUGACAGGAAGCUGAAGGAAGAUGAUGAGAAGUCGCAGAGGGAAGUGAAACUGCUGCUGCUGGGUGCUGGAGAGUCGGGGAAGAGCACCGUUGUGAAGCAGAUGAAGAUUAUUCAUGAGGAUGGUUACUCAGAGGAUGAGUGUAAGCAGUACAGAGCAGUUGUCUACAGCAACACGAUUCAGUCCAUCAUGGCCAUCGUCAAAGCCAUGUCCAACCUGAAGAUUGAGUAUGAGGACAGUGCCAGAGUGGAUGAUGCUCGCCAGCUGUUUUCUUUGUCUGGAACUGCAGAGGAGCAGGGCAACCUGCCAGAAGAAAUGUCUAAAAUCAUCCAGCGACUGUGGGAGGACGGUGGUGUCCAGAGCUGUUUCACACGGGCCCGGGAGUACCAGCUCAAUGACUCCGCUUCCUACUACCUAAAGGACCUGGAGAGGAUAGCCAAGUCUGACUACAUCCCCACACAGCAGGAUGUGCUGCGGACUCGUGUGAAGACCACAGGCAUCGUGGAGACGCACUUCACCUUCAAACAACUCAACUUCAAUAUAUGUCCCAACAAGUACGACGAGGCUGCCGCUUACAUCCAGACCAAAUUUGAGGACCUGAACAAGAAGAAGAAGACGAAGGAAAUCUACACCCACUUCACCUGCGCCACUGACACCAAGAAUGUCCAGUUCGUGUUCGACGCCGUCACCGACGUCAUCAUCAAGAACAACCUGAAGGACUGUGGUCUGGGCUAAAAUCGUUUCAGAGUCAUGAGUACUUGAACAGUUCUGGUGACCAGGAUAGGGAGGAGACGACACAUCAUAAAUGACUGCACUGUCCAACCACGACUUCUGCUUUGAUCUGCUUUUUUAAAGACACCUAAGAGACUGAAAACCCAACAAGCCUUGCAGAUUUUCAACCGUCGCCAACCCAGCUGCUUGUAUUAACUCUUUAAGCUUCAACCACAAAAAAUAAAAAAAAAUAAAAAAUCAGAAAAGGAAAAAAAAUAAGUCUUAUUCUGUUUUUUGUUUAUUUUUGCUUCUUUAUUUUCAAUUACUAGAGGAUGGACAGCAUACUUUUUUAUAUAAAUGCAUAAAUUUUACUUUUAGAUUCUCAUGUCCAAAAUAAUAAACUUUUAAUCACGAGAAACUUAUUUUUCUUUUUCUUUUCUUUGUUUUUCCCCUUUAAUAAAGCACCAGCAUGGACAAAACAUAAGAUCAGUAGAAGAAAAGUGCUUUUAUUUUAUUAUUUUUUAUAAUGUUUACAUGGGUUGAUCAUUCAUAGCCAGACCGUGUAUUGUUCUGCAUGACUCCACGUGACCAAUAUUCGCUCUUUAAUCUGCACAAAGUAUCUAACAUUUCUACAAAAUGAUUUAAAAAAAAAAGUUAAAAAGACAGAAAAAGUUUUUCACCUGAACGAUAAUGGGUGGGACAAAAUUCUAACAAAUAUUUAAAGUAUAUGUGUUCCUAAUGUUCUGUCACUUUUUUAUAGUACCUUUCUGUGUCUUUUACAGUAUGUGUGUACUUUUACUUUUGUUUACAGCCACUUCUUAGAUGUGCUUUCAUUACUGUUUGUCCUACUGUGCCAUUUGAAAUUUUCUUAUUUUUUCACAGCCUAGAAGUUAUGAAUAUAUAGUGAUUAUUAACGAGACAACAAUCUAAUUCAGAAAAAAAGGU